AUGAGAGACACAGCACUCUUGGAUUCGGUCCUACUCUUCGAGUUAGAUGUGCCGGCAUUGGAGACAAAAGACGGCCACUCACUGAUCGAAAGCAAUGCCAUCGCUUUCUAUGUGUCCAACGAUCAGCUGAAGGGAAAGACACCCUUAGAUCAGGCGCUUGUGAUUCAAUGGUUGAGUUUCGCUGACAACGAGAUUAACCCAUCGGCCUAUACCUGGGUGUUGCCCGCGUUGGGCGCCAUUGCCGCCAACAAACAGGCCGUCGACCGGUCCAAGACUGACAUCACGAAGAUAUUAAACUAUUUGAAUGAUUUCCUAUUGAGUCGGACGUAUUUAGUGGGCGAGAGAACCACUUUAGCAGACAUUGCGGUGGCCGUCGCCCUCCUCCCCCUCUAUCAGUACGUGUUGGAGCCGUCGGUGCGCUCUCCCUAUACUAACGUCAACCGUUGGUUCACUACUCUUGUAAAUCAGCCGCAGUUCAAGAAAGUGUUGGGAGACGUGAAGCUCUGCGACAAAGCCUUAACCCCCGAAUCCGCCCGU